GAAAACACUUUUAGGAUGGCGUUUGCUGCAAGCCGAAUGCUCAAGAGAGGCCUGACCUCCUUCAAGGGGAUCGCCCGCGCUUCCACACCUGCUGCAUUUUCGCGGCGAUGGAUGUCAGAAGCGGCCGAGGCCCCAGUCAAGGAUGGCCGUGUGCUGCAAGUCAUCGGUGCUGUCGUUGACGUGGAGUUUGACGACAAACUGCCUCGUGUUCUUAACGCCCUUGAGGUGCAGGUAGAAAAGGGCCGCCCCCGCCUGGUGCUGGAGGUGGCGCAACACAUCGGAGAGCGCGUGGUCCGCACUAUUGCCAUGGACGCCACUGAAGGCUUAGUUCGCGGACAACCUGUGAAAGACCAGGGAGACGCCAUUCAGGUGCCGGUGGGUCCGGGUACGCUAGGCCGCAUCGUGAACGUGAUUGGUGAACCCAUCGACGAGAAGGGUCCCAUUAAAGCGGCUGCGCACUGGUCUAUCCACCGCCCGGCCCCCCUCCUGACCGAGCAGGGUGAGUCCGAUGCUAUCCUCUCUACGGGCAUCAAGGUCAUUGACUUGAUCGGCCCGUAUUCCAAGGGCGGAAAGAUUGGCCUCUUCGGCGGGGCAGGUGUGGGGAAGACGGUCGUGAUCAUGGAGCUGAUCAACAACGUGGCCAUGAACCACGGUGGCUUCUCUGUCUUUGCGGGCGUGGGCGAGCGGACUCGCGAGGGAAACGAUUUGUACCAUGAAAUGAUGACGUCCGGUGUCAUCAAGAUCGAUAAGAACACCGGAUCCACGGAGGGCUCCAAAGCCGCCCUUGUGUACGGCCAGAUGAACGAGCCGCCCGGGGCCCGCGCCCGUGUCGCCCUGACGGGGUUGACGAUCGCUGAGUACUUCCGUGAUGUGGAAGGGCAAGACGUGUUGCUCUUCGUCGACAACAUUUUCCGCUUCACCCAGGCCGGUGCCGAGGUGUCGGCCCUCUUGGGCCGCAUCCCCUCUGCUGUCGGAUACCAGCCCACGCUUGCCACGGACAUGGGAACGUUGCAGGAGCGCAUUACCUCGACGCUCAAAGGGUCUAUUACUUCCGUGCAGGCCGUGUACGUGCCCGCUGAUGACUUGACGGACCCUGCUCCCGCGACGACCUUCGCCCAUCUGGACGCCACCACUGUGCUGUCCCGCAAGAUCGCCGAGUUGGGCAUCUACCCCGCCGUGGACCCCCUGGACUCGUCGUCUCGUCUGAUGGACCCCGAGUACGUGUCCAUGGAGCACUACAAGACCACGCGCGACACCCAGAAGCUGCUUCAGGAUUACAAGUCUCUCCAGGAUAUCAUCGCCAUUCUGGGGAUGGACGAGCUCUCCGAGGAGGACAAACUGACUGUGGCUCGUGCCCGCAAGGCGCAGCGUUUCAUGUCCCAGCCCUUCCACGUCGCUGAGGUCUUCACCGGUUUCUCGGGCAAGUUUGUGCCUUUGGAGGAGUCUAUCUCCGGCUUCACGGAGAUCCUCCGCGGUACCUACGAUGACAUCCCUGAGCAAGCCUUCUACAUGGUGGGUAACAUCAAGGAUGUGCAGGAGAAGGCCACGAAACUGGCCAAGUCUUUGGAGAAGGAGACCAAGAGCUCUGCCGCAGCGGCAGCUGCUGCCCUCCAGUACUCUCUCGGAGGCCAGGCGGACAUGUUGAGCAAGGGCAUGGAGCAGUACGGCAUCAAGAACGAUAAAUCUGCUUCCCAGCUCCAGGCCGAGAUCGAGCCCUUCACAGUCCCUCCCUCUCUUAUUUCCGGAUUCGAUUCCGUCCCCGGUGUAGGAUCCGAAUUGUCGGAGGCAGAGAUUAAGGAGAAGUUCACGGAGGCCUACAAAGCUCUCACCCCCGAGCAGCAGGCGGAAGCCAAGAACUACGCCAAGGCCUUCCUGAGCAAGGACUGGAAGCAAUACAUCGACCCCUCCGUGGAGCAUUCGGCGUCCGCAGACAAGGACGAGUGGCCAUGGGCCGGGCCGGACCCCCUGCCGGAGAAGUACCUCAAGCAGGACAUCCCCGAAGAGUGGAUGGUGGAGCCCCCCAAGGAGUGGUGGCUGGUCAAGCACCCCAAGUGGGUCGCCAAGUUCGGAAAGGACUACGCGGAGAAGUACGUCCCGGCCAACUACCGGUAAAGAGGGCGGGGGGCGUUGGAGAGAAAAAGGGGGAGCUUGUGCCCGUCUCGGGCGCCGCGCUAGCCGGUGGAAGACUGCGGGAGCGAAGGAUAAAGAUAGACGAAGAACGCGACUGACAGUGAGAUGGGCACCACCCUGUGAGAUGGUGAGGUGGUGGAAAAGUGCUUGACAGGCGUGGGGUAGUGUCAGGGAAAGCGGACGAAAGCUCAAAGCGAGGCUGCGAGCUGAGCUCAUGUGUAGUGUACGUCUUUCCUUUUUACCCCUGUUCUAAUAAGGCAUUAGUGGUAAUGGUCUGGGGUCGUAAGACAUUAUAUUCGUAGAGAAAACAAAGAUGGUGACGUACCAAAACAGGAGCGGGGGUAUUGAAAAUUGUGUGCGUUUAGAUGUUUGGAUUUGAGUGCCCGUAGAGCUUCAUGAGGUAACGCGGGUCCUAUCUCAUCGUAUUGGCUGAUGUGUGACAAUUUGAUGCGGAAGAUGCGAAAUCUUUUAACGUCCUAGAGCUGUUCGUGCGUCACGACGGCCAAUAUGCGGUGUACAACACCGAGAGAAAGCGAACCGCUUGCCAGAAAGAAAAAGUCUUGGCCAGGAGCCACGGAGGCA